CUAUUUAUUUUUUGCUGUAAAAGCUUUUUCUGAAUGUGACGUAAUGUUCUUCUGUUUGUGUUUGUGGAGUCUGUUUGGUGUGUUUGGUUGUGUGUCUGUGUCAGUGACUGAAGGAGAUUGUGUUACUUUGUUUGUGAAUCUGACUGAAUCACAGAUGAAGAAGGGAAUCUCCUGGAAGUUUGGAGCUGAAGAAAGUCUCAUUGCUGAUAACAAGAGUGGACACAUCACUAUAUCUGAUGAUAAACCUGAUAAAAGAUUCAAAGACAAACUAAAACUAAACAAACAUACUGGAGAUCUGACUAUCACAAACACCAGCAUCACACACACUGGACUUUAUCAAAUGACCAACAUCAAGACAGACCAACGACUCACCACAGUCACUCUUACCGUCUAUGCUCGUCUGCCUCUUCCUGUUAUCUCGAGAGUUUCAUCAUUAUCAGGAAGCUUUAACUGUUCUGUGUUGUGUUCAUUGAUGAACGUGUCACAUGUGAGUCUCUCCUGGUACAAAGGAAAGAGUUUAUUGUCCAGCAUCAGUGUGUCUGAACACAGUAACAUCAACAUCUCUCUUCAUCUGGAGUGUCUGGAUGAUUCUUACACAUGUGUAGUGAACAAUCCCAUCACAAACCAGACUCAACAUCUCAACACUGAUGACUGUCACAAGUGUUCAGAACCGAGUCUCUCCUUCAGUCGUUCAGUUCCUCUCUCUUGUGCUGUUGUUAUUUCUUUGAUGUGUGUUGCCGCACUUCUGAUCGUCUACAUCUACAGGAAACACAGACAAAGAGAUCAACAUGAUCACACCAGCGAGCAGGAGAUCACAUACGCAGAGCCAACAUUCUGCAAUAGACAAACAAACACAACGAUAUCUGCAGUGGAGGAUGAUAUGGUGUAUGCUGGAGUCAUGACAAGAUGAUCAAACUCUGUUAUUGGACUUCCACGUUACAGUUGAUAUCUCUAUGAAACCGGGUGGUGAAUAGCCUUAAAGUUUUCUUGCAAGUUUAUUUUGCAAUAUCCUAAACAUAAAACAGUUCUGUAUGUGGACAGUGCAGUUCAUGUGCUAAAACAUAUAAUAUAAGUUAGGUUAUGUCGUGGUAUGAUGUCCGUGCAUAUAUGACGUCAUACCAGGUGCUGUAAACCUGUUCCGUUUGUGUUUAACAACAUUAUACAUUUCAGUUUACGAAUAUAUUAUUUAAAAUAUUUAUCAUUUGUUUGUUUAAAAGACAGAGUAUACAAGGAUUUAUGCAUGCUGAUUUUGAACCGUGCAACUGAGGUCUAUGUAAGGUUCUCACUGCCUUAUGUGGUGAUUGAUUGAGGAGGUCAUCAUUAUGUGUUUUUGCUUUGUUUUCAUCACAAUGUUUCAAAGUUGCACAUGGGUAUCUUUGUACAGUAGCCCCACUGCCAUAUUUAUGACGUUUUCUUUUUGACAUUUAAAAAUGUACUAUCGUCAAGCCGGGCUUGUCGUAUUUUUGUGUUUUUGAAACUUGUAUAAGACAGGUUGUGUUUUUCUUUGAUUGGUAAAACCACAUUUUGUGGGUCAAGAAACUGCUUUUUUGUAUUGUUUUUUGUCCAGAGCUGUGUGUUCUAAAAACACG